AUGUAUUCCCGGUCAUUAAGAUUAUUGUCAGUAUUGGCAAUCAUCUUCGCCAUUGCCCAAGCCGGUUGGAUUGAUCGUGGCGUCUUUAAUCGACGAGCAGAUAGUACCGGUGCCUUAACAUCAGGAGGUGGAAGUAGUGCUGCCACCAGUGCCGGAGGAAGCGGAGCAGAUACAGAUACUACCACUUCAGCAGCACCAACAACAUCUGCCACUCCAACCACAUCAGCAGAGAAAACAAGUGAAACUUCAGCCACUACCUCAGCAGCACCCACAACUCCAACAACCACAUCAGCAGCCCCUACAACUGCAGCUCCUACAACUUCUUCUGCAGCAACAACUCCCACAUCCGCGACUAAAACAUCUAGCACCAAGAGUAGCAAGUCUUCUACAUCUUCAUCAUCAACCGUUCCAUCUACCACUUUCUCUGAAGUCACCAUUACCCCAUCCGCAACUCAAGUCGUCGUAACCGUCGUUUCAACAUCAAGUGGAAGUACUAUUACCUCGGAAUACACUACCUCUACUACUCCUGCCGCAUACACCACUACAACCGCUGUUCCCAUUAGUGAUUCUUCAUCCUCCUCUUCCACGGGUAUGUCAACCAAGACACGCAAUACCGUUAUUGGUGUCGUAGUUGGUAUUGGUGGUGCCAUUCUUCUCGGAGGAUUAUUCAUCGUCGCAUGGAGAAUCUGGGGACGCAACAAGAAGGAAGAUGAGAAUGAUGGAUUGAUGGGAGGUUACGAUCCAGUAUCUGCCGGUCACGAAAUGAAGAAUGAAGGUGGUGUUGCACCCAAUCCUUUCCAAACUACUUUGGAAGGUUAUCAUCAACCUGGAAGAGGAAAUGUUUCGGCAAACUUCUAA